AUGCCUACUACCAACAUCGAAUGGGUAGACAGGAUCUUAUCGACUGCAUACGCCAACAACGCCUCCUGCUUCAUCAUCGAAUCCGGAAUGACUACUCCUGCUUUAUCGGGCCAUAUGUCCUCGGUACCCGCGUUUAUUUGGUGGAACUUUGUCAACAAGGACAAAGGCUUUUCAGCGAUAUCACCCACCAUCACGGCAACCUGGUCACUCACUACCAAUGGUGUUCUAGAACGGCCCAAACAGCCUCUUGCCAACAGCAUUUGUACCGGAGUGAAAAGACCAUGUAAGAAGUUCAGCAAUGACUGUGGAGGUUCGUAUCCAGGGUUAGAUCCCGCCGACCUUCGAGUGGCCCAACCAGAAGCAUCACAAGUCUGGAGGCCUCUACGAAUCGGGGCAUACGAUAUGCGGAAACCAGUGGCUGCUGCAGAAAGUCUCGUGAAUUGCAGACCAGUCAGCAGCGUCGAGACGCAGCAGGCGCAUGUGUAUCUCAGAAGCGUUGGCUGGAUCCGCGUCAUUGAAUCAAUCCAUCCUUUGGGCGAGGUAUUCGACGAAGAGCUUCUUCUUUCGGGCCGACUCGAUAGUAACCAAAAAGCCACGUCUCUCGGAAACUUUUCUUGCGAGCGAAAGGAGAUAUCCCAGACUUCCUUCUUGGCUUUUUUGUUUCGUGGUCUGUUCGCACAACACGCCCAGCGGCGCCAAAUCUGCUUGCCGCGGGGAGCAAUUUCAAUCAGCCUCGGAGGUGCCGUAUUAGUGGCCUUCCAGAAAGAGAUUGGACCUUUGGGCUUCAUUGUGCGAUGA